GGCGGCGGCGGCGGCGCAGGGGGUGGGAGGACGCAGUGCUGUGCCGAGCGCUGGUUUGUGCUGAAGGACUGGGCUGAGGCGGCUGCCGGGGCUCGUCAGAUGGGGUGGGGGUCGCGUGGUGCGCUUUCACCCUGUUCCCGAGGGUUUCCCGUAUCUUGGGUGUUUUGUCACUUCCCAAUGUGCUCUCCUGUGGGUUUUCACGCAGUCGUCCAUGAAAGUUGUCAGCUGAGGCCAUUAGGGGGCGGGACUCAGUGAGUGGGCGCUGCACGCAGCGGGUCCCCGGGUGGGAGUCGGGAGCUUAAGGGCGAAGACUUUGAGGUGGCCUGUGCCCCACUCAAGCCGUGAUUGGCGUAGGGGUCAGCAGAGGCAGCGAUGGAGCCUAGGGCGGGAGUGGGAUGCUUGUGAGGGCGACUCUGGUCGUUAGUGUUGGCGUGGCCAGUGACUGUGGCUUGAUUCCGGUUAGCACUAUGUGAAGAAAAUCCCGUCGGCUUGACCAAAGUAGCAAGUGUCAAGACCACAGGUGUCGGAACUGCGAGUGCUCAGGCUCUCACGGAUGAGGGAGGGAGAGAGGGAGGGAGGGAGGGGGUCCCACGCUUUGCAUGCUGCCUAGUUAUCUAGGCUGCUGAGCUCAAGAGAUUUCUUCUAAGGUCCGUAAAAGUAGGGAAUCUUGUUUUAUGGGCUGCUUUUGGGUCUCCUUUUCCAACUAAUUCGUUCCUACCUCUGGAUGACCAGCAUUAUUGAAGGAAUGAUCCCAAAUAUUAAAAACACUUUCACUCUUUGGGGCACAUUAGAGUCAUACUUGGGAAUCCUUUGGACAUUAUGUGCAUCAGUGCUUGCCUGUCUUUGGGAUCCUAUACAGACGUUAAAGAUCACUGGUUGGCAGUUGACCAAAAUAAUAUUGGGCCGUUUUAUUUGUACCCUAAUGUUUGUGUUGAUUUGGAGUGCUUAAAAAACUGUGUAUUGGUCUGAGAGGAGUAAGUAGCUCAUAUCUUUAAAUCCCAGCACUAAUGGGGCCCAGGCAGUGAAAGUUAAAGGCUAGCCUGGUCUACAUAGCAAGUUCAGGAUAGCCAGAGCUAAAUAAUAGACCUUGUCUCAAAUACAGACACACACACACACACACACACACUUACACAUGGGAGCGGGGGAGGGGGCACACAGACAGACAUGGAGUGGGGGAGUGAGGAUUGGAUAAGCCUGUUUUUCUUAAUGUGUCUGUGUAGACGGGGAAAUGUCUAGAAACUCACGCUACAAUCAAAAUUGGCUGUCAUCCUGAGCGCUUUGUGCAACAGGAAACAGGAAUGCUGUUUUUAGAUGCUGACUACAGAAGGGACUGCAUAGAUAUGGUGGCCAGGGUGUUCCUUAGAAUGAAAACAGCUCGAAUAUGUACCCCUGUUCUUCUAUUUAGUGACCUACGAGCAAAUCAAGCAGAGUAGUAAUGCAUAUGUGUAGCUAAAAAGUUUGUUUGAAAUGCAAUCAAAAUUAAGUUGGCAACGUACUGAUUUUUUGUAAGUAUUUUACUUCCUUUCAGGCAGGUGCUGAGGGCUUAGUGAGCCUUCCCUAGCAUGGCAUUCUGGAUCCCUACAAUAAGCACCUAUGUACUCAUUUUGUAAUGACUAAGUUAGUUAGCACAUUGGUUUUCUACUAGUUAACAUGUGAGUGCUGCAGUGUGUCCUUCCUUCCUAAUGGAUGGUUUUUUAAUUUUUUGUUUGUUUUCUUUUGUUGUUUGUUUUAGAACCCAGACUAAUAACAAGAGCAGGGCUUUUAUGUAUCCUCUACACUGCCUACACCUGUUCUUCCAUAUAGGCCCUCACCAAUUCAUGGUCAGAUGUUUGGUUGUUGUCUUUUAGUGAUUUCCGGUGUCUCUGAGACCACUGCAAUCAUUCAGGCCUAAGGAUUUCCUUCUGUGCCACAGCUAGCCCUUCUUCAACGUCCAUGACUCUUGAGGGAUUUGGAUUUGCUACGAAGAAAACGUCAAGAACAGAAGACAGAGGGGCCAUGGCUGCAGAUCCAAAUUUCCAACAGAAGAGCCAGCCAUUGGGUGCAGAGGAGCAGCCUGAGUCCUGUGAGAGAUGGAUGUCCUUUGAGGAUGUAACUGUGAACUUCAGCCAGGAGGAGUGGCAGCAUCUGGACUCCGCCCAGAGAUGCCUGUACCAGGAGGUGAUGCUGGAGAUCUACAGCCACCUCUUGGCAGUGGAAAAAUCAGGAAAUGAUACCUUACCACAGAAAGCAUCUGGGAAAACAUCAGUUUAUAGCAAUGUGGCAAGUGAAGUGACAAGAGAUGGUUCAUGGUGUUCCCUUUUACAAGAACUAUGGCAGGGUGCUGACAUUACAAAGAGAGGUCAACAAAACCAGAUUCUACUCUUCCCUCCUGGUUCUUUCCUCAAGAAAACUCUGAGCAAAAAUAGUGAUCAUGAAUAUCAAAAGCCCAGGGAAACCAUUCCUUUGGGACCCUACCUCAUUUCAACACAAGAGGGUCUUCCACAAUAUCACUCACUUCCAAAAAGUUUGGAUGUAAGCCUAGGAGCAAAUGGUCAUAAUGAAAGAGAUCAGCUCAUUGACAUUGUUGCAUCCAGUCAACUCCUUAUACCAGGCUCCUGUAAUGCUAACUGUGUGGUUACUCAUGGAGGAGAAGAAUCAUACAGAAGUACUGGGAAUGGAGAUGUUCUCAGCCAUAAACAACCACUGAUCUAUGGAAACCGUUUUCAGGUGAAAGCAGAUCAAAGUUCUCAGUGCCAGGAGGUACUCUAUGCCAUAUCUUUGCAUAAACCUGAGAUCACUCUCACUGUGGACAGACCUAUUGUUUCCUACAAUGGUGGAAAGGCUUUCCUUUAUGUGUCAGAUUCACUGAGCCAUCCAUUCCAGCUGAAGGUGGACCGUGUAGUUCAUACUGGAGGAGACCCUUACAAGUGUAGCAGCUGUGAGAAAUCCUUUUGUAAUGCAGCUGCACUCCAACAGCACGAGCAAAUUCACACAGAAGAGAAACUGUAUGUGUGUACUCUGUGUGGAAAAGCCUUCAGUGAUGGGUCAGCUUUCUAUGAACAUGAAUUGAUUCACAAGAAUCACACACCUUUUAUCUGUGACAUUUGUGGGAAGGCCUUCUUACGUAAAUCAGAGUUGACAUCCCAUAAACAAUGUCACAAUGGAGAGAAGCCUUACAAAUGCAAUGACUGUGAGAAGUCAUUUAAAUUUCCAUCCCAACUGAAGGUGCAUCAUCAGAUUCAUACGGGUGAGAAGCCUUAUGAAUGCCGUGAAUGUGGGAAGUCAUUCAGUAAAACAGCCAAACUCAAGGUGCAUCAACGGAUUCACACAGGGGAGAAACCUUAUGUGUGUUCUCAAUGUGGAAAGGCCUUCAAUCAGAAAUCAAUACUAGACCGGCAUGAGAAGCUUCACCCUGGGGAGAAGCCUUACAAAUGCAAUGACUGUGGGAAGUCAUUUAAUUACCCAUCCCAACUGAAGGUGCAUUGCCAUAGUCACACAGGGGAGAAGCCUUACAAGUGCCAUGAGUGUGGGAAAUCAUUUAACUUUCCAUGUGAACUAAAGGUGCAUUAUCAGAAUCACACGGGAGAGAAGCCGUACAAAUGCCGUGAAUGUUGGAAACUGUUCAGUAAAAUGUCCCAACUGAAGGCACAUUAUCGAGUUCACACAGGAGAAAGACCUUAUAAGUGCAGCCACUGUGGGAAAGCCUUCUCUACUAAGGAACAAGUCCAAGAGCAUGAGCGAAUCCACACAGGAGAGAAACCCUUUGUGUGCACUGAAUGUGGAAAAGCCUUCAGUAGCAGGUCAUCUUUUCGUAAGCAUCAGUUAAUUCACACUAAAGAGAAACCUUUUGUCUCUCAGAAAUGUGAGACAGGCCUCCAGGAGGCUACUUUGAUACCCCAUCAGCAACUUCAUAUUGGUGAGAAGCCUUACAAAUGCCCUGAUUGUGGGAAGUUGUUUAAUUAUCCAUCCCAAUUGAAGUCACAUUAUCAAAUCCACACAGGAGAGAAGCCUUGUAAAUGUCCUGACUGUGGGAAAUCAUUUAGUAAAACAUCUCAACUGAAGGCACAUUCUCGAAUACACACAGGGGAAAGGCCUUAUGUGUGUUCUGUGUGUGGGAAGGCCUUCAAACAGUUGUCAACAUUGAGUAGACAUGAAAAAAUUCACAUGGUGGAAAAGCCUUACAAAUGUAGUUUCUGUGGGAAGUCCUUUUGCUCUCCAUCUGAACUGAAGGUGCAUCUUCUAAUUCACACAGGGGAGAGACCUUAUAAAUGCAGCAGCUGUUGGAAAGCCUUUUGUACUAAGGUCCAACUCCAAGAACAUGAGCGAAUUCACACAGGAGAGAGACCUUAUGUGUGCACUCAUUGUGGGAAAGCCUUUAGAAGCAGGUCAGUUUUCUCUAAACAUAAGUUGAUUCACAGGAAGGAAACACCUUUUAUCUGUGAGAGAUGUGGGAAAGUGUUCUUACAGAAGUCAGAGUUGACAUCUCAUCUACAAACUCAUAUUGAAGACAAACCUUAAGGAAUGUCAAGACUGGAAAAUGGUUUAGUCAGAUACACAAUAGAGUGUGUAUCAUCAAAUUCAUACAAGACGCCUUCCAAAUGCAGCAACUGGGAAAGUCUUGGCUUCUAAUGCCCAACUCUGACAGUAUGAACAAAUGAGUUCAUCUAGGAGAGACCUUUGUGCUCUGAAUGUGAAAAAGUCUUCAGUAGCACAUUAACUUUAUAAAAUCAAAUGUCUCAUACUAGCAUGAGACCAUUGUCUCUCACAAUGUGGGUCACAUUUGGUAUUGGGUAGAGAAACUCAUUGAGUAGGCUUUGGAAUGUCAUGACUUGGAAAUUAUUUCUGUAUCAGAGAUUAGUCCCAUCAUCAGUUCAUAGAUGGGGAUGCCCUAAGUGUUCUAAAUGAAGGAAGGUCCUUAACAGGUCACAAUUCAACAUAUAUAUUAUACAACUCAUACCACAAUUAGUUUUUUACAGGUGCUGUUCUACAUAACAGGUUUUACUGAGAAAUGAAUUCCUAGCUUAUUAGCAUAUUCCAAAAUGAAAUUUCUUUAUUUACUUGAAGUUCAUUUUAUGCUGAGAUCUAAUUGCACAUUGCCUAAUAUUACAGAAAACAAAUUUGUUUAAUCUAUUGAUUGUUUAUAUAGCAAACAUGCAUGAGGAAUGUCACAAAUUAAUAAUGAUAAGCACACAUUUAUAUUUGUCUUGUUAAACAUGAAUUUCAUUUCACAUUGACCUUGACUAGUUUUAGAAGUGUUUUUGUAGAAUGUAAGAUAAGAUACAUUUUACUAAAGUAUUGGAAAGUUUAAGGAAAUUUAAGUCAUUAAGAUAUUGUCAUUAAUUAAGUCAUUAAGAUAUCCCCAUUUGUUGUGGGAGUCCAGUAAAACCCUUAAGUGCCAGCCAUGUAAAGGGUGUUUUUAUAAAUGGGCAUAUGUAUGUAUGUAUGUAUGUAUGAAAUAUAUAUAUAUAUGUUUGUAAGUAUAUGUACACAUGUGCCUGUAUUUAGUCAGUGCCUGUAUGGACUUGUAUGUAAUCUCAAAAUUUUGUGGAUUUUUCUAUAGAAUUAACUGCAAAAUAGAAAGCAGUAGUUUAUUAUUAAAAGGUACAUUCAUUUAUCUUGUAUAUAUAUGUAUGUACAUGUGCUGCUAGGUAUAUGUGGCUGUCAGAUAAGUACAUCAAUGAGAGUCAUUGAUCUCGCACCAUGUGGAUCCUGGGGAUUGAAUUUGGAUUUAUUAGACUUGGUAAAGUCAUCUUUACCCACCGAGCCAUCGUGCUCUGUAGUUAUUUUUAUUUAACAGUUUCCAUAUUGAGCUUGCACCAUCAAUUUUUUUAUUAUAUGGAUUUCUUUGAAUAAAUGAGGUCUUAAGGCAU